AUGCCGCUUUUCGGACACAAGAACAAGGCAAGCCUCAAUCGCAACCCCAGCCCUCUCGGAGGCACAGCCGGCAGCGACCCCGUUAAUGACCAACACGCAGGCGGCACCGCCGCCACCGGGGGCAAUUGGGAACAGAACAACGCGGGCUCAGGCAUGAACCGCGAGAACGAUCCGGGGUUCGACAACCGCCAUACUCACGGCGCGCAGCGUGACGCUACGGGGUACGACACCACUCAGGGUGCAGGCGUUGGUGCGCACGAUAGCCAUAGGCAAGGCAACUACGCAGGUGGUCCCGGAGGUGGUACCAUGGACGCUGGCACUGGUGCUGGUACUGGUGCUGGCACAGGCGUUGGUGCCGGUACUCGUGCCGGUGCUGGUGCUGGUGCUGAUGCUGGUGCUGCUGGAGCCGGUACCGGUGCAGGCGGUACGCACACUCACCAUCGUCAUCAAGGCGCAGGCACGGGUGCAGCCGGCGCCACAGUGGGCAGCGCGGCCCUCCGGGAGCAGGCGAUGGUGCGCGAGCGUGAGGCGCAGAAUUAUCAAGCCCAGAGUCAGGAGCUCGCCGAAGCGGAGCGCCUCGAGCAGCAGGCCCGCGAGCAUCGCGAACGUGCGGUGGCGCAAGGAGCCCAUCCCGUAAACAAGCAUCUUGGUGGCAAUAUCGGUCAGAGCGCUGAUCAGUCCCGUGGUGGCAACUAUUGAGAAUGCCAGUUCGAGUAAUGUUUCAGACGAGUUCAUAGCGCCUCGGGAGGGAAUUUGGCUGCAUUAAUAUCGCGUAGCAGCGAAUGAAGAUGUGGAAUGU